CCAACACCACGAAGAAAACAAAAGAACCGGCUGUUGAAAAAGAGACAGAUGGUCGUAGACCUUCAUCAAUCUGGUAAUGGCUUCAAGAACAUCCACAAAUGAUUGACUAUACCAUUAAGCACUGUCAGGGCAAUUAUGAACAAAUGCAAAAGAUAUGGAAACAGUCGAAAACCUCAUGGGACAUCUGGUCCCCACAAGGAGAAUAAACCACAAAACAAAACAACAGACCUACCAAAGGUGGGAUUUGGUCCGUUCUGCAGCUAGCAGAUAAUAACAGAAACCAGCUGAGCCCGUAUUACCAGAUGUAUCACGUUACCACACAGGAAUGCAGCUCAACAUUGAGCACUUUCAGGGAAAUUAUGAAAAAAAUCAAAAGAUGAAAAGAUCUUUUGAUGCAUUUUGCCCCCCAAGAUAGGGAGGGGGAUGGUGAGAGAAGCAACAAAAUCCUCCCAAAAAGCACCAUCAGACUCCACCUCCACAUCCACAGGCUCUUUGGAAGGGUUGCCAGAAGAAAGCACCAUCAGACUCCACCUCCACAACCACAGGCUCUUUGGAAGGGUUCCCAGAAGAAAGCACCAUCAGACUCCACCUCCACAUCCACAGGCUCUUUGGAAGGGUUCCCAGAAGAAAGCACCAUCAGACUCCACAACCACAGGCUCUUUGGAAGGGUUGCCAGAAGAAAGCACCAUCAGACGUCACCUCCACAACCACAGGCUCUUUGGAAGGGUUCCCAGAAUAAAGCCCUUUCUGACCCCAAGACGCAAACGCUGGGAGUUUCCCAAACGUAAUUUAAAUGAUGAUUGGACGAAGGUGCUCUGGUCAGAUGGGUCUAAAAUUGAGCGUUUUGAUCAGAUAUCGGAAUGUCUGGCGUCGAAACAGAGGUGCAUACAAGGAGAGGCACCUGAUGCCCACGGUGAAACAUGGUGUUGGGAUGCACUGAGGCAGAGGCUGAACAUUCUGACCAAUGAGAAGGCAGCGCUGCAGGGGUCAGCUGCAGACUGCAGACUGAGGAUCGAACAGGAGGUUGUCAUCAACCCUAGAUGCCACCAGGUGACAGUACCAGGUUUAGCCACGAAGGGAGAAGGCGCCCGAGAGCAAACAGUACCCCAUCCAGCCACACAGAGCACCAACGGUACCCCGUCCAGCCACACAGAGCACCAACGGUACCCCGUCCAGCCACACAGAGCACCAACGGUUCCCCUGUCUAGCCACACAGAGAACCAACGGUACCCCGUCCAGUCACACAGAGCACCAACGGUACCCCGUCCAGCCACACAGAGCACCAACGGUACCCCGUCCGGCCACACAGAGCACCAACGGUACCCCGUCCAGCCACACAGAGCACCAACGGUUCCCCUGUGUAGCCACACAGAGAACCAACGGUACCCCAUCCAGCCACACAGAGCACCAACAGUACCCCGUCCAGCCACACAGAGCACCAACAGUACCCCAUCCAGCCACACAGAGCACCAACGGUACCCUGUCCAGCCACACAGAGCACCAACAGUACCCCGUCCAGCCACACAGAGAACCAGAGAGCCAGAUGAGGAAAAGAGUUGAUACAGCCUCUAACUAUACACCCACUACUAAUAUAUGCACCCACUACUAAUAUAUGCACCCACUACUGUAAGUCGCUCUGGAUAACAGAGUCUGCUAAAUGACAAAAAUGUUUUAAAAAACAGACAGAGACGGAAGAGAAAGUGAACGUACUCAGUCUCACUGUAGAUGGAUGUAGUAGAGCCAAAGCCUCAAAGGAGAACUGCACCCUUUUAUUUGGCCUCUUUUUUGGGGGGGCUUGCUCCUCAAGACGGCAGAUAUCCUAGUGGUUAGAGCGUUGGACUAGUAACCGGAAGGUUGCAAGAUCGAAUCCCAGAGCUGACAAGGUAUAAAAUCGGUCGUUCUGCCCCCUGAACAAGGCAGUUAAACCCACUGUUCCCAGGCCGUCAUUGAAAAUAAGAAUGUGUUGUUAACUGACUUGCCUAGUUAAAUAAAGGUUAAAUAAAUAAUUUAAAAAAGAUUGGUUGGUUUUGGGGUGUGGUUUGAUGUGAGUGUUUUUUGGGGGGGGGCGUGUCCUAGACACUGUCAAGACAAAAAAACAACACUUAGCAGUUAGCACUUAGCCUACUCCUUGUAGUUGACAGGUUGACGAUUACUGUUAUCAACAGUAAUCGUACCAUAAGUAGGAUCAGUUUUCCUCCACCGGGUACUGUCCUCUCUUGUACUUGGAGUACCAGAGGAAGUAUCGUUGCCACCCCUUUAGCGGUGGUCGCUUGGGCUCAGUUGACAUUCUCAUUGUAAUGCAUUGCUGUGAGGAGUCAGCAAUGUUACAGAAUUAUGUUAUAAGCAUGGUAAUUCCAGGAGAAGUAGCACUGUUGUACCUAAAUGACAAAGCCAUACAACUGCCAAUAACAUACCUGCAUAACAUUGCAAGUACAUACCUGUGUGAGGGAACAUGUUGUUGUCUGAAGAGAUAGCAUUGAAUUGUACACAGCAUCCCCUCUCACUCUAUCUUGGUUCAUGCAGGUGACUGUGACCUCCUCCUCUGACCAAUUGGCAGUACGCCCAGAACAUUGUUCUGGGAACCAAAAGGAUUGUCUCAGUUUCAAGGUAUCAGAUGGUAGAGAUCGGUUGACCAAACGUUAAUGAUGAAUUAAUGAUGAAUAAUGAAAGUCAUGCAAAUAUAACGUGUAUUUGUAAGCAGUAUAUUAGAGAACUAACAGGACUGCCCCGGCAGAGCUCCAGACCGACGUGUGCUAGGGUGCAUUACGUUUGUUGGAACCUGUCACGACUUCUGCCGAAGUCGUUGCCUCUCCUUGUUCGGGCGGUGCUCGGCGUUCGACGUCACCGGUCUUCUAGCCAUUAUUGAUCCUUUUUUCAGUUUCCAUUGGUUUUGUCUUGUCUUCCCACACACCUGUUCUCAAUCCCAUUCAUUACCUGUUGUGUAUUUAACCCUCUGUUUCCCCUCAUGUCUUUGUCAGAGAUUGUUUUAUUGUCAGUGUAGUGUGAUUGUUGUAUAGGUGCGCGUCGGGUCCUCGUACCCAUGUUUGUUUGUUUAUGUACAUUUAGUGUUAUGGAGCAUACUCCGUGGACUUUAUUAAAAGACUCCAUUUUACACUCCAUUUAACUCUCCUGCGCCUGACUUCCCUGCCACCUAUUACACCUACGCAAGACAGAACCUCUCCAGCUUGCUAAUAAUAAAG